CUAAAUAAGAUUUUAUUUAAUUCGUCCCAACAUAAAAUUUAGUAAUUUCUAAUUUUUAUAAUUUUUUAAUUAUACAAAAUUAAAGAUAUUAAGAGUAGCAUUAUCGCGUUAACAAACGUGCCCAAACUAAACGGAGAAUAAUAAAUCUAGCUCUAGCUACAAGUGGUUGCCCAACAACUUACCGGCCAUUUAGGACAAAGUCCAACACCAACAUGUAACUCCCAUAACUUUCGUUUCCUCCAUAAAAACCACAAAGUCAAGGGAAAUUUAGUGAAGACUUGAGAGAUCAUAAUGGAAAAGUCAAACUCUUGUUGCAAGAAGCAUUUGGUGCUAGUACAUGGUGCAUGCCAUGGAGCAUGGGCUUGGUACAAGGUCAAGCCUCUUCUUGAGGCUGCGGGCCACGGUGUGACGGUGCUCGAUAUGGCGGCCUCAGGGAUUCACCCCAAAAAGAUCCAUGAUCUCCAAACAAUCCAUGACUAUUCUGAGCCAUUGAUUCAGCUGAUUGCAUCACUUCCUGAUGAUCAAAAGGUCAUUCUUGUAGGGCAUAGCCUUGGAGGAAUCAACUUAGCUUUAGUUAUGGAAAUGUUUCCUCACAAGAUUGAAAUUGCAAUUUUUGUAACUGCUUUUUUGCCUGAUACUCAACAUACACCCUCCUUUAUCUUUGAUCAGUUUGUUACAAGGCUGGCGGGUGGAGGCGAAAGUUAUUGGUUGGACACAAAGUUUGAGGGCUCCGGUGACCCAAAGGAGACUCUCACCACAAUGUUAUUUGGCCCACAAUUUUUGUCGAAAAGGCUUUAUCAAUUUUCUCCACCCGAGGAUUUUGAACUUGCUAUGACAUUAAAAAAAACGUCAUCAUUAUUCCUUCAUGAUCUAUGGAAGUCAGAGGCAAAGUUAACCAAAGAGAGGUAUGGAUCAGUUCGGACUGUUUAUGUGAUUUGUGAUCAAGAUCAAGGAAUUCUAGUUAAUUUUCAACGGUGGAUGAUUCAAAAUCAUGGGGUGAAGGAGGUGAAGGAACUUAAGGGAUCAGAUCAUAUGCCAAUGUUUUGCAUGCCAAAAAAGCUUUGUGACUGUUUGAUGGAGAUCAUUGCCCAAAAGUAGUUCACUAUUUUUAAGCAUGAUGGUGUAGUCAUUAGUCAACUACCCCUUUCCUUGUUCUCUGCCUUUGAAAUUUAAUAUAUACUUUUCCUUGAUUAUACUUGCAACAAAUAGUGACAUUUCUCUAUUAAACAUAUCAUUUGAAUCUUUCAAAU